GAUAGAAUUAUUUUGCAGAAAAAUAAAGUUGAAUUAUUGCCAUCAUCAUCAUCAUCAUCCUUAUCAACCAACAUGAUUGAAUCUGUUGAAAAUCAAAUGCGUCAUUUAAUACAAGCUGAUUGUAUGCGUAUUGUAGAAAUGAAAAAAUCGAAUCAUUUACUACUUCCUGAUCAACAACAACAACAACCGCAUUCUAAUGAAGAAUUGGAAGGUGCAAUGAUGCAGAAUCAUACAGAAUUGAUGCCUAAAACUCGUUUCAAUCCGAUUGGUGUUGAUACCUCCAAUUCCAUUGAAAUCGGUGGCGGUGACGGUGUCGGUGUCGGUGUGGAUGACACCGAAGACGAAUCGGAUAGUGAUCAUUUAGAGGAUAUUGAAAAUAUUUGUGGAUAUGGAAAAAAAGAUGAUAUAAAACCUGGUACAGUUGAAGAUGCUUUAUCCAUUUUAACAUCACUGACAACAACAACCACAUGCACACAAUCACGUAGUUCGAGUCUAGUGUCUGGCACUUUGCAACAUUCUUUGCCAGUUAAUAAAGACACACUGUCAUUAUCAGGAUCAAUGCAUACACCGAAUUCUCAUGCAACACAUUAUCUAGUCAAUAAUAAAUCAAGUACCAGUCAACAAUCAUCCAUCACUGCAACGCAGUCGAAACAAUUGAAAAAUAAGAAGAAGAAAUGUCCUCCACCAUCGAAACAUAUUGCAAAAAUUGGUGCACAAGCUGAAGCGAAACAUCGACAAACUGUUGUUAGUAGUAAUAAUAACAAUAAUAAUAGUUCAAACAAUUCAAAUCUACAUGAUCCUAUCGAUACUGGUAAAUUGUCUCGUUGUAAACGUGAUGAUAUGGAAGCAUUUUUAUUCAAUGAUUCAGAUGUUAUUCAUUUAGAUACUGUUGAUAAAGAUAAUAUCCUACCUGAAGGUGGACGUAAUCGUGAACGUGUUAUCGAAAAGGAGGUGAAUGCUCGAAAAGCAGCCGCUGUCGAUAUUGCUAAACAACGUCAAGACAAUUUAGAACAACGUAAACAACAACAAGAAAAAGCUGAUCAACGUCGUCAAACCGCCAAUAAAAGAGCACAAAAAGUGGAAAAACGUCGAUUAUAAAUAACUCAAAUUGUGUCAUAUCAACUAUGUGAUCUUUCGCUCUUUCUUAACUGACUCACAAACAGAUGAGAUGAGAUGAAAUUGUGUAUAAUUAUGUGUAUUUUUUUCCAUCCAUGUUGAAUAAUUUCUUGACAAUCUGACUACUUUGUUUGUUUGUCUUUACUUUCCUUGUCUUCUCGUCUGUUUUCUUCAAUGAUUUGCCUACUUAGUCGAGUUUCUCACUCUCUCGCUCUGUCUCUCGGUUCACUUACAUUGUUGGAGUUUCAGAUGUAUAGUUAGUAAGUAGUAUUGUACAUGUAUAUAUAUAUACCUCUAUUGUAUUAUGUGUAUAUGAGAGUUUCUUUUCGGACACUUGCCGCUAUCUUAUAAUUUCAACUUACUGACUAAAUGAUUUAAUUUAUGUGUGUGAAAUUAUGAAAUAAU